AUGGCUAUAACAACGCGAGCACUAUCGGCGACGACACCGCGGCGGAGUGGGGACAGUUCGUCCAUAGAGGAAGUGGAAAGAGGAGAGAUUCGAGUUGUCCCGCAAGGCAGUCUUGAGAUCAUCCCACCGCCGGUAAUAGUCAAUACUGCACCAUGGAGAUUUGUUCUCGGCUUUGGAGGUCUUGCGCUUUUAGAUAUAGCGAUGAACACUGCUGCCGGGGCUGCCGCGGCUCGUGUAGGCGCAGAACUCAAUGGUGCCUCGGCGACGACACUGGUGAUUCGGAUGGGUGCACUGGCUGGCGCCACCAAAGCAGCCAUAUCAUCAUUCCGUGAGAUUGUCGGUCUGAGCAGCGUCAACAUUGUGUUUCAAAUUUUGCUUAUGCUGCUCACGUCUUCGUUUGGUGUCUGCGCGUUGCUGGUAACUGAAAUCGGGAAUAUAGUGCUCGGCGAGACGCCGAGGGAGCUGGUCAUUGCGGCCGUGGUAGCAGCUGUGCCGUUCAUCUUCGAGAUGGUCCGGAAUAUUCAACCAGUAUUGGACCAGGAGGGAAAACCAGAAUAUUUCCGCUGGGUGUUUGCCAUUUUCCUUAUUGGUACUGACGCAUUGGGAGGUUAUGUAUUUGCGCGGAUGGCGUCAAACCAGGGCAUGCCGAUCAGCAACUACCGAGCUGCCUGUUCAGCUGGUGCAGUGUUUGGGACGCUGGCCUGGCUUGCUCGUGCCAUGACUGGUAUCGUGGCUAUGGUCAAUAUCACGACGGAGGAUGGGAAGGUGUCGAAUGUGUUUGGCGUUUAUGAGCUGGUGACGCCGGAUCCUGUUCUGGUGACAGAAGACGAGUACGAAGCGAUGCAACGUGGUGUAGCUGGUGUCCUGUCUGGCUUCUUUUCUGGCUUCCUAAGCUCUGGGCCAAAGAUUAUGCGAAGGUUCCUGGGCUGUUUCACGUGUUGUUGGGCUGGAUGA